AUGCUGCGGCACGAGUUUGCCGUCGGCGUCUUGACCGAGUUGCACCCGGUCCUGCAGCCGACCCUGCUCGGGCUCAACACCAACUACGGCCAGAAGGUGUCGCUCCGGCUCCUCACGGACCGCCUCGACGGCACGAGGGCGUACGGCGAGGUGCGCAAGGUGCUCCUUCACGAGCUCGCGCACAACGUCCACGGCAACCACGACACCGGUUUCAAAGAGCUCAACUCGCAGCUCAACAAAGAAGUCGCCGCCUUCGAGUCGUCG